CAUAAAAAUAUCUGGAAACAGCUUGAGAGUCACAAGUGAAACGAUGAAUUCAAUUUCUUUGGUUUUAGCCCUUGCAUUGGCCAUACUAUGCAGUCUUAUGCAGGUGGAAGGCAAUGCCACAUGUCGUAGAAUCUGCACCUUCGAAUACGAACCUGUAUGUGGUACCUUAAAGGGACCUGGUCCUCGCAUUGACAGCUGCACUUUUGGUAAUUUGUGUGCCUUUAAGGUACACAAAUGCAUAACGCAACAUCCCUGGACUCACUCCGAUGGUCGUUGUCGACGGGACAAUCCCAAUUGUGAUGAGAUAAUAAGAUCUUAAUCUGUAAAGUUAUAUAUUAUUUAAUGAAAGUUAUAAAAAAUAUAUAUUGUUGUACUUGUAUUACUUCUAAGUCCAAAUGGAGGAGUUGUUUUUAAAGCCUUCCUAGAGUUACAUGUCUGUCCCAACCCAUUUUAGCCAAUUUAUCAACUACGGUUGCAAUGAGAAGCACCCUCUGCUAUGGUCAUUAGGAAAAUACGUUGUAAAAUUUUUAGACGUAGUAAUUUGCAUUUUAUUGACAUAAUACACUUGCGCAACAUGUCAGUGGCACUAAGA